UAAAAAUUCCUGACUACGCUGCCGCCGCUUCAUCUUCAGUAAUUCGGUCCUGCGAGAGUAAAUCGAAAAAUGUAUUGAAAACGUCGAUCUAUACGAAUAGAAAAACAACAGACUGCAAUUCCGUUUCAACGGGAUUGAUCGAAUGCCGAUAAAAACGAGAAAAAAUGGCAUCCCAAUUAGUAUUGCGCACACUUGCGAGAUCUGAUGAGAGACCUGAGGAAAAUUCUCGAGGUCGCACCGAUAGGAUACAACGGUUCAAAGAUGAGAGCGACGAAUGAGAUGCAAAAGAUAGGAGAUCGUAUUGAGGCACGAGCUCUUAAAGGAACAACGAGGAAGAAUAAGCUGUGAUUUCUGAAGAGCUAUACGAGUGGCGACAUCCGUGCUUCGUGAAUUUUCCACCGAUUCAAAAUGACUUGGUUCGGUUCCAACUGCAUUGAGAUCCUCGUAUUUUAUCUCCUCUCCACUGUCGGUUUAUGCUCCAGUGAACUGAAACUGAUUCAAUCGGUGUUUCGCCACGGCGAUCGGUAUCCACUCCCGUUUGAAGCAACUCAAGUAUUCUAUCCGCUCAAUCCAUACGCCAAUUCCAGCUGGUACCCCGACUCCGAUGGAGGACUCACAAUGGAGGGGAAGACGAGGUCGUACGAACUGGGCGUCCUUUUGCGCGAGAGAUACGGCGAUUGGUUUGAGAAUCGAUACUCGAAGAACAAAGUCGAAUUCAUAAGCGCGACCAGCGAAAGAGCGGCGAUGACUGCUUUGCUCGUUGCCGCAGGACUCUUCGCACCCGACAACAGCAGCCAGAAAUGGAAUCCGACGUUGAACUGGCAACCUGUGGCGAUAUCGUCGACUUGGUAUCCUCAUAAUAUUCUCUUCUUCGGCUGUUUUCUCUGCUCGAAAUACGCCCUUCUUCUGGAAAAAACGAAACUGAAUGAUCCGGAAAUUGUCAUGUACGACGCGAGAAUGAAAACGCUUUAUAACUACGUUUCUCGACACAUUGGGAAACCGGUGAACAACCGGAUUUUGUACUAUUAUUACAUGGAGCUCCUUGCAACGAUGAGUGCGGGGCUCCCCGCUCCACAAUGGGCCGAAGAAAUAUAUCUGAAUGGAAGUCUCAAGGAGGCGACAAUCAAGGAAUACGAAUUUUCUUCAUGGACUGACGAAUUGAAACGAUUGACGGGAGGCGUUUGGCUGGAAAAUUGGCUGAGCCUCGUUGACGAUUACGUGAGUUCGAAAAUGGCAAAUGAAUCAUCGAAAACGAAGGAUAACGAGGAGAAGAAGCAGGCUUUUUUCUACAGCGGGCACGACAUCAACGUCGGUGGCAUAAUGAACACUCUCGGCAUAUUUUAUCCGCACGUGCCGAAUUACGCAAGCGCUAUUAAUCUGGAGCUCCAUGAAAAUGAGGAGCAUCAGUUCUACGUUAAAGUCGCUCAUAGAGAUUCGGAAGGUUUUUCGGAGCGCAUAAUUCCUGGCUGUGACGAGCUUCUCUGUCCCUUGGACACUUUUAAAAAUCUCUUCUCCAAAUUUCGCGCUUUCAACGCAACGGAAGAAUGCGGAUCCCUCGCCAUGCUUCCAGGCGGUGUGAAAUCAAUGUGAAAAAACAUCUUUCGUUUCCCCUAUAUUAAAUACAAAUCUACGGAAAAGUGUAACAAACGAACUCUAACGAAGCAGUUUAAUAAAAACGAUUUCAGAAAGAACUUUGAAUAAAACGAAAACGUAAAAAGUUCAAUGGAAGUUUUCUCAUGCUCUGAGGUGCCGAUUCGAGACGAGAGUUCAAUUUUUUCAACAGCAGCUUUUAAAAUUUAUUGAAAAUAAAUUGACUUUGCCUGGA